AUGGCAAUGACUUCUCGACCACCACCACCUCCUUCCUCGAUGACCUAUCCACAUCCACAGAACCGACAAGGAUCUUUACGCAGGAUGCCAUCUGCAAAGGAGGUAGCUUCGUCUGGGAGUUUUGUCAGUCCAUUGACUAGGCUGGAAGCUGAGGGGAGAAGUGCCAGGAGUAGGGCAAACUCUGCAUCAAUAUCAAACAAUCCCGCAUCUACCUCAGGCUCUGGUACAUCAUCAUAUCCCAUAUCCAAUUCCCACCAACCCAAUCCAUCUCAACAACCUGAACCACCCGUACCGACCUUAGAAUUUGGUAAUCUAUUUCGGGACUCGCGUUACUCUGUCGAUUCAUUGAGCUCCGUAGGAUCCAAAUCAUCUACAAGUUCAUUCGACAGUUAUGGGACAAUCUCUCAAAAUGAAUCUGAAUACGACGAUGGGUACGAAUCACCUUCCACACCUAAAGCAUCCACCUUUAAACAAGGUCAACAAUCUUACUUCGAAGGACAACAGCAGCAACGACAUCAGCAGAGUAGAACUCCAUCUCCCUCAAAACACCAAAGGGGAGAAGAAGGCGGCUUGCAGAUGAGAAAUCUUAGUAAUAACAGACAUAGGAUACCUUCUUCAAACAGUAAUUCAACCUUAAACGCUUCUACUUCCGCUUCGUCGUCUAUGACCAAAGCUUGUGGAUCAUUAACGCCUAAAAGGAGUUUCUCAGUGACUUCCAGACGUGUACCAUCAGAUGACAACCCUCUCCUUCAUAACCCACCAAUCACCACUUCCUACCUACCUCAGCAGCAACAGUCAUUCCAUCUCGGACCGAUACCUCAGUGGGACAGGAGAAACAGAGAACGAUUAGGCUCAGAUGCAUAUGCAAAGGAGAUAGAGGGUAUACGCAAGCCAGAGGAGACGGAGGUGCACGCGGAUUGGGCGAGUGUACAUGGUGAACAGGGGAGUGAUUGGGGUGACGACGAGAGUCAAUUCGAAUGGCUAGAUACGGAAGGUGCACCAGAAGCUGUCAACGGCAAAGAGAAUCAGAAAGGUAGUGGAGGAAGUCCCCCGAAGAGAUUAUCAAGAUUCAAAGCUGCUGUGACAGGUGUUGGUGUUGGAUCGGAUGGACAAAAGAAAUUGAAGAAACCUUUGAUCAUACAUCGAAGAGCUCCUCCCCCACCGCCCGAUACAGCACCUGCACCUGCACCUGCUGUCAUUCUAUCUGAACCGACUUCGCCAAUGCGGAAUAACACCAAUAUACCAAGAACAGCAACAGCUACGAUAUCACAUCCUACUAUUAUGAAAUCCAAUCCCAGACCACUUCAGGCUCAUGCUGAAACGCAGAUACCGAAAAGAGCAGAAACGAUUAGGUCCGCAUCGUCAAAUUCAGAUAGAUCACCGGUGGUUGGAAAUAGAAUGAUAAGUGAUGAGCAUCAUCACCACCAGCAUCAACAUCAUCAUGGGACACAUUCGAAUCCAGAUAUAUUCCAUACACCUCAACCGCCAUUUGGUGGACAUGGACAUGGACAUGGGAAGAGACCCAGUCCAUUGAUGGUACCUAUGAAAAUGGAUGAUGGACCUUGUUCACCGGCAGGAGCUGCAGGGGAUAACGAAUCUCGUCAAUCACAUAUGUCAUUCCAAUCUGUCGCAUAUUCAUUCUACGAUCUUGAUGGCGAUCAUUCACCUUCGACUACGCCUAAACCGACUGGUUCCAAUGAAGAUUUGGUGUUCCCUCAUGGAAAAUACGUCAAGGUCUCUGCAUCGACUCUGGAAAGACAAAAGGAAAGAGAACGGACCAUAUCGGAAUCUACCGUUGGUAGUGGCGAUGGAGGUAAGACACCAGAAGAUCUCGUUCAUCUUGGUAUCGAAGCGAGGGGAAAGGGAGAUUUGGCAAAAUCCGCUUGGUACUUUAUGAGAGCUGCUGAAGGGGGAUCCGCGACGGGUAGGAUGUAUUGGGGUCUAGCACUUCGUCAUGGAUGGGGAGUAUCAAAAGAUGAUCGAAAAGCUUUUAUCGAAUUGAAACAGGCUUGCGAAGAUACUCUGGCAGAAGGCGGAUUGGAUUUCCAUAAAUCCCCUGGACAUGUGAGAUUGACACCGCAGCAGAAGAAAUUGAUGCAGAAAGAACUUGCUCUUGGUAUGUUUGAAGUUGGAAAUUGUUUCUUGGAAGGUAUAGGAGUGAAGAAAUCGCCUGAAGUGGCUUUGGCUUAUCUCAAGUUCGCUGCUGGGAUGGGCGAUGUAGCUUCCCAAGAGCAACUUGGAUUUUUACUUUCUAAAGGAUCAAAUGGGGUGAAGAAAGAUAUGAAAGAAGCUGCUAGAUGGUACAGAAUGGCUAUCGCAAAUGGUUCAAGUAAUACUUUUGGCUUAGCUUGGAUUUGGAAGGACAAGUAUAUGAAUUAG